UUACAUCACAUGGUUCCUGCAAUACUAACCUGUGUGGUAAGAAAGAAAUUUGGUCUCGAUCCUGAAUAUCAUUGGAGAAUACGAGAUUCAGCCGCACGCGUACUUGCCAAAAUAUGUGAUCGAUUUGGAAUGGAAUAUAAUACUUUACAACCAAGAGUUAUCAAGACGUUAUUGUCCGCUUUAAUUGAUCAAACAAAAUCUUUAAGUACACAUUAUGGUUGUAUAGUGGCACUAGGUGCAUUGGGACGUGAAGUUAUAAAGACCAUCUUGGUACCAAACCUUAAAACAUAUUCAGAAAUAUUAGAACAGCGUAAAAAACUUGAUAAAAAUAAAGCAGAACGUUGCGAAAAUACUAUUAUGGAUAUACUACCGAAAUUAAAAGGAAGUAGUAUUCCAAUGGACGAAUCACAGAUGUCAGAUGAGGAAUUGCAACAAAAAUUAGAAGACAAAAUUGGAGCUCAAUUUGCGAAGCAAGUAAUGGAUAAAAUUGAGGAUAGAGAAGGAAAAUCAAUAACGAUAUUUCUUGCAAAUCAAUUGCCUAGGUAUCUUGAGUACUUUUUAAAGAGGUUGACAUUAGAG